AUGAACUUUGUCAUUCCGAAGAAAAAACGUGCCGUCGAGAAAUCCAUUAUUGAUGUGUCUACGCUUGAGCCUAAGGCUACUAUUGAGGAUGCGCCGCGAGAUUCGGAGAAAUUCAACACAGUAAAAAAUGUUAUUUUAAAUGGUGUAUCUGAUCGUCAAGUGCAUCAUUUUGUGCACGUGGAAAAGGUUCAAGUUAUCAAGAAUCCCUUUCUGGAAUACAAGUAUGACCAGUUCAAAGCUAACUUGCGAGGAUCUGGGCAAAGUGAUGCAGAAAGUUUUGAGUUUUUGCUCAUAGGAUUUGAUUCAGAUGAUUUGACUUAUAUUGCUGACAAUGGAUACUCCGUUGGCACAUCAUUUUAUGGUGAUUUGGGUUCAACGACGCGAGGGGUCUACCUUUAUCGUUAUGUGGAUUUGGUGACGCCAUCGCUUUUGUACAAGGACGAAGUUAUGCGCAUCAUGGUGUUCCGAACCCUAAGAGGAAAAAGCUAUGGUGUCGGCUUAGGCUCAACAGAAUUGGAACCAACUUUGGAAUGUUGUAGUCAUGUUGCUGCUCCUGACAACACUCCCCUUUUGCGGAAGUCCCGACAGCAGCUGCAUCGUCAAGCAGCGGUGUAUCACUACGAAUAUAGGAAAGAUAUGUCCGUCGCUGAAGUACCUUCAGGAGUUUUACCUUAUGCUGUGGUAGACUUACGGUUCAAUAUUUCUGACAAAAAUCAGCAUUCCAGCAUUUUUCCGACAAUAGGUUACGUACACGAGGCACUCUAUUUCUAUCCUGUUUAUGAGGGUAACCUCAAAAUAUUAUCGGCAAACUUCCCUCGAGCCCUAUUGAGCACUGUUUUUGAGGACUCGAAUAAACCUCAUGGACUAGACGGGUCCUUAGUAUUCACAAAAUUACUGCAGUGGAUAGAUGCUUUCGAUAUUAGAGGGGUCAACCAACUGAUGGCUCAUGAUACAUGGGGUUUAAUAGCAAGACAGCGAGAAAUUUGUGUCAAGAAUGUCAACGAUCGAUCUGAAAAGUGGAAGUUUCGCUAUGUUUCUCACUUCGUUUGGACAUGUAACGAUCCCCGUUUCACAUCUCUAGUAAAUGGCAUGCGGGUUGAGCAAUGCGCAGCUGUUGCGUAUUCGAUAGAUGCGACGACAUAUGUGGCGUUCCCAUCUGGCCAAUUUUCUAACAUACUUGGACUACCAUGGCUUCAAAUACCCUCGCUUCAUGUACUGGUUGUGCACAAUAACCCGCUCUUUUAUGCGGAUCCCAACGAUGUUACGAGCUUCAACGAUGAAACUGCUACUAUUGCCAAAACUCCGUUAGGCACAGCAAUUCUAGACGGCGAUGAUGCGGUUCUUUGCCGCUUUUUCGACCAUCAAGGUGCUCUCAAUUUCCCUUCGGGUCAAGCAACAGAAUCGACUGAAGAGGUACCUCGUUCCCAUCCUGGAGUGCGCUAUUCUAACGGCGAGUCUCCGUACCAGCAGUCUCCAUCGCAAAAUAGUGAAGCACUACCAGGUGACUCAGAUGGAGAACAAGCCGUUCCACUUCCGCCGGUUGAUCUUCCAUCGUCAGCUGGCAAAAGCUGUCUCCGAAGUAAGCCGCCUCAAGUUUUUGUAGAACAACCUCCCCUCAUCGGCAAAAGUGUGCCCCCUCCAGCACCUGGAACUGGGCGUAAUUUGGCUUCAUUUGGUCCCAUCCCAUCUAGAAAAACGCGGAUUCGGUGGGCAGAAAACGUUGUUGAUAAUGAAAAUAAAUGCGGAAAAAAGUUUUCGAACGACAGAGAUGAAGCAGUGAAAGCGGGUUGGCAUGGGAGAACUCCUCCAAAGGAAUCAACAGCAAAAAAGUCCAGUCCUUCUUCUGCAGAUUCGUUGCCUUCGAACUCCCCAGCUUUUGGCGUGAGACCGGGGCCCUCUACUGGAGGAACCAAGUAUAAGGACCUAUUCCAAGGAGUCUUCAGUGGAAAUGUUGACUCUGAUGUUGUAAACAAUGUUUUGCCGGAUGCCCCAACUCCCGCCGCGUCAGAGACAUCAAAGACUUUUUCGUCUGCAAAGCGGACUGGAAACUCUAAAAACUGCAUCAUAACUUCCCUUCCGCUGCCCUUAUUUGGACGAGUUGCAGAUAGUAACCGCGAGUCAAACAACUCCUCAGCCGUAGCUAGUGCUAGUGUUCAACAACCAGAGGAAGUGUCUGCAAUUUGCGAUAUGGAGAUCGAAUCUAGUUCCGACGGCACACCCACUCCCCCUCAAACGAAAACAUCUCCGGAUGGGGUUGCCGAUGUAGUUGAUUUUAUUGAUGAUCAAGAUGAGGACUACGACGCUCUGUUUCACUGUGAAUCUAUGGAUUCACAAUCGUGUUCAUCAGAUACCCCUGCUUCGCCAACUCCUUGUGCAAAGAACUUCGAGCCGUCAACAGCAACCGUACCAGUACCAGUGGACGUCGAAAGUUCUCAGAAUGAAGCAGUUGACAACGAAGUGACGUCGCUUUUGAAGGAACUUGUUCCUAGCAGGGCAGAAACAGCACUUGUGCCUAAUGCUCCUGCCAGCCCUGAUCGCUCCUCGGAACUUGAUGGCCCAGCUAGCCCUCCCCCUUCAAGUCCUCCGCCUACAUCUGUCUCGGAGAUGCCGGAGAAUGUGUUGAGGUUAUUGGAAUUACUUCGAUCGAACGAAGCAUCGUCCCAAAACCGUGACACUGAUUUACGUAAACAAACACCCAUAGUGACGACGUCGAAUACAAGUUCGGAGUCGUACGGGAGGCAACGGAAAUCGCGAUUUGAUCAGCCUCCUCCGGAACUUGCUGGCUGCGCGGGAUAUGUGCCUAAGCCUGUCCCUCCUGCUUCUAUAGGUUUUGUUGGCACCGUACCAGCAUUGGGCUCAUCUAUUAAAGACACGGAUCUACGAUCUCAACCGCCUGCUUCUUUGGCGUUUUCUAUAAAAAAGCAGCCGGUGGCUCCAGCAUUAAAUCCUCCUGCACCUCUGGUAUUUGGUGAUGACGUAGACGAUGACGAUAACGUUGAUUGUGAUGAGCGGCAGAAAACAAGUGAGCGCAGAGAUCGGGAUGAUCGAAUCAAGAAAUGGGGGAGACCAGUCGGUGGUCCAUCGGUCGAUGUAUCCACUCCGAUCUUGUCUCAAACACCCAAUCUAGGAAAGGAGAAGCCCUCUGACAAUUCGAAACUGUUUCAUAUUUUGGCUGGAGCUCGAAUGCUGCAAUCACAACGAGACAAGCAAAGUGUUGAGCAUGUUUCUUCAUCUCAGCCAAGUACCUCAGGAUCAUCGUUCCCUGCUGUGACGAGAUCUGAGGGUGCUGCAUCGUCGAAAGAAACUCCUACCGUCACUGUUGGGGCCGGUAAUUCGACUUCACAUUCGAUUGUCGCCAAUCAUUCGAAUGAAGCGUCGGAACCUCAUGCGGCGCCUACAAAAACAAGCCUAUUAGGGAACGCUUUCGGUCUCUCUAAUGAUGUGAUCCAGCAACUUCUGAGAAGAUCUACGACCUCGAGAAGUUCAGAGCAACCGCAAAACGUUGCCCCGAAAGUCUGCAAAGAUACCCCGGCUUCUCCGGAGGCGCCAGCUUCACCAGACCCAGAAGGACCGGCGUCUCCAGAUGCACCAGCUUCUCCUGAUCCCGAGGAACGUGAAGCAAACGGUUCAAUCCCACUUAAUCAAAAAGCACAGUCGGAGAUACCACUUGACUGCUGGCAGCCUACAGAAGAUAAACGCCCGGAACCAGUGCGCAUUCUUACUGUUCGAACUCCUAAAAAACCGAAACGACCGAAAGAUAUUGACGCAAUAAGUUGUAAAGGCAAUGAGGAUCAAGUCAUGCACUCAUGGAUCAAAGCACUGGAGCAGAAAUCAGAAACGACGACGGCUUUAAAGCGGGAACGGAGCACCGGUAGCUCUCGUUCAGUUGAUGAUGAGGAGGAGGAAGGCGAAAUUCUUAGUGACGGUUCAGAUGAUCCUAAAGACACACCAAAACCUAUAACGGUUAUCGGUGCAACGUCCAACAAUUUCCAUUCUUCAUUUACUAGGAAGUCUUCGAAAGCCGAUAUAUCCACUUCUUCGACGCACACAACCUCGGGACCUCCUGCUCAUUCAAAUAUUGGUAUUCUUCCUCAACAAAAUAUGGCUGCUGGACGUGGUAUCCUCAAUGAACAAGCGUUUGGUUCAUUGGCACAACGUAGAAGUUUCUCUGGCAAACAGCACAGUGGGCCAUUUGCAGGAACCCCUCCAUGGCAUACCACCCUUCCUGCAUGUACCUCUUUGCCAGGCAGCGCCUUCCAGCACAGUCUGCCUCAACAGGAAACUCCAGGCAUUACCGUUAUUGUUCCUGAUUUUAUGAUGUUCAAUCGAGCGGCGAUGACAAGAAUGGAUCCUGCUGGUUUCGAAUCUUUCUGUGUUCGUCUGAAAGUAAUUCAAACGAAGGAGAAUAGAAUUGUUUCGUUACAGAUGCACGAACGACUAUUGCACUAUGUUCGGGAAAUGAUGCAAUCAUUAGCUGGCUCCGAAGCUGGUAAUGCUUUCCAAAUGUACUACUCAGUUAUUCUUAAAUAUAAAGAGCUAGGUAUAGUACAUUUUAUGGAGAGGCAUGCAUGCGAUAAUGGUGAUGUCUGCGCAGCACAGACUAUCAAUUGCUUCACUGCGCUUCGCAAGCAGUACUACCCAUCGACUGUUUUGAUAUACAUGUCAAACAUGUCGCCAAGCUCCUCUACAGGAGCUGCUUUAUCAUCUCUGGGAGUACGAGUGAUGCCGCCCAAUACUGUUUUACGUACUUUUGGGUUGGAAUCUCUCAGGCAUUCAAUCCAGUCUUAG